AAACUAAGGACGUAUAUCAUUUCACAUAAUAUGUGAAAAAUGUCUUUCAUUAACAUCAACGAAAUAAAGAUUUACGAAGACCAAGUCAAAGAGUAUGAUAUUUUAAAACAAAUUAUUGCUACUCGUGAUCAAGAAGAUGCAUUUUACAUAUUAGAUCUCGGUGAUGUCAUUAAAAAGCAUAGAAAUUGGCUGAAAAAAAUGCCAAGAGUUGUGCCACACUUUGCUGUAAAAUGUAAUCCUGAUCCAAUGGUGAUUAAGAUUUUAGCUGCUAUGAACGCGAGUUUCGAUUGCGCCUCGCAGCAAGAAAUUGAACAAGUUAUGCAGUAUGGUGUAACACCGGAUAAAAUAAUCUUUGCAAAUCCAACAAAGUCUCCAUCUCAUAUCAAAUUUGCCAAAAGCGUUGGCGUGGAUAAAAUGACAGUUGAUAACGAAUUAGAACUUUUGAAAAUAAAGAAUCUGUUUCCUGAAGCAAAAAUAAUUAUUCGCUUUCGAUGCGACAGUAACUCUAAUCUCACCCAAUUUAUAAAUCUUGGAAUCAAAUUUGGGUGCGAUCCAGGCGACGAAGCAAACAAAUUAAUACAAUUUAGCAAGAAUUUAGGUUUAACUUUACACGGAUUUAGUUUUCAUGUUGGUAGCCCAUGUAACGAUUUCAAUGCGUACACGUAUGGAAUUGAAAUAUGUAAGCAAUUGAUUACUUUCGCUAAAUCGAUAGGAUGUAAAGAUAUCAAAUUAGUAGAUAUCGGCGGUGGCUUUCCAGGAGAAAGUGAGUUUCAAAUCGACGAGCUUUCAAAUGUGAUUAAUGAAGCAAUAGAAAAAUUAGAUCCUGGUAUAGAAGUUAUGAGCGAACCAGGUAGAUAUUACGUGGCAUCAGCAUUUACUUUAACUUCUUACUUACAUUCUAAAAGAAGUAUAACCGAUGAAAAUGGUCCGAGAUAUAUGUAUUUUGCUAAUUGCGGAGUAUAUAGUGGAUUUAUAGAAGAAUUGUUGAACUUAUGCUCGCGUCAUCCAAUUUCACUGUUCGGUCCUGUAUCCGAUAAAAAGUAUCCUUCCACUUUAUGGGGACCGACUCUUGAUUCUUACGACUGUAUCAUCAAAGAUGCGUUAUUACCAGAAUUUCAAAUAGGAGAUUGGCUUGUUUGGAGCAACAUGGGUGCAUACACUGCUUCCUUAGCUUUCAAAUUUAACGGAUUUGAACCACCAGUAGUUUAUCCAUUUAUCAGAAAAAGUCAAUGGAAAGAGUUUUGUGACAUUACCAGAUAUAACAUGAACUGUUGGCUGUGUAAAUUGGAAUAAGCGAGAAGCCUAAUAUUUCUAAUAUAAUGCAAGAAUGUACCAUAUAUUAAAAACACUUAUUAAUU